UAUCGUCGUCCGCUGCUUCUUCAUCGUCGUCGUCGUCGGCGUCGGCGUCGUCAUAGCGCAACAAAGCAAAGGGGAAAGCGAAGGCAGAGCAAGAGAGAGGCUGUGUGAGCACCAUUGGAUGAAGAAGAAGAAGAAGAAGAAGAAAGGUGGGAUAAUUUGUUCGUGGAGGGAUCCUGGAGUUUUCCUCGAAGAAUAUCUGUCUAUCGAUUGGAAGAAUUCAGGAUUCGGUUGGUUGCAGCAAUGGAGACUACUCUGUCAGAUUGGGAGGAGCAGCUGGUGAUGUUGGAGUUUAUGGAUAUUGUGGGAGAAUCGGCGGAUCGAGCUAGGCAGUUCCUGCAGGCCACUGGUUGGUUACUUAACGAAGCUGUUCAACUUUAUUUUGCCGAGAACAACGAGGUGGGUGGAGCGAAUAACGAUUUGGCUGCUCCAGUCGUCUCGGCCCCUGUGCUUCCAGAGCAGGCCACACUCGGAUCAAGUUUGGAUCCUGGAAGCUCAACUGUCAAUGACAGGAAUGGUGAUAACGAGAACUACGUGCGGCCUCCCUUGCCUGUUAAAAGAGAGGCUCUGUAUGAAGAUAUGCUUCAAGCCAGGGUACAUCAAGCAGUGCAAUAUCCGAGCCAUAGCUUUGUAGAUCCUUUUAGGAACUUCGAAGAUGAAGCCAAUCAGCAAUCGAGCUGGGGUGCGGGAGAGGCCAGUACCCAUGUAGGAUCAGCUGGUGGUUCAUCGCGGGAUUCAUUAGCUGCUCUUUAUCGGCCGCCAUUUGUUUUUAUGUUUCAAGGCACAUUUGAACAGGCUAAGACAGAAGCUGCAAAAGAGGGGAAGUGGUUGCUAGUCAAUGUGCAGUCAACCACAGAAUUCGCUAGUUAUACGUUGAAUCGGGACACAUGGGGACAUGAAGCGGUGAAGGACACUGUCGGUACCUCUUUCGUAUUCUGGCAGGUGUACGAUGAUACAGAAGAAGGGAGGAAAGUUUGCACUUACUAUAAGCUGUUACUUAUGCCUUCUAUCUUAGUGAUUGAUCCUAUCACCGGACAAAAGAUGCGGUCAUGGGAAGGCAUGAUCAGUGCUGAGCGCCUUCUAGAGGAUCUUGUGCGGUACAUGGACAUGGGUCCCCUUGAUAAGCAGCCAAUUGGUUUCCCACCUCAUAAGCGUCCUCGUGAAGCAGCCAAAGAUGCUAACCAACCUUUCAAAGAUAUAGUUGACUUGGAAGCAGAUGAGCCGCAACGGCCAGCAGUAAGCGGUCCACCAUUAGUGUCAGGCUCACGACAUAUGGAAUCAUCCAUGGAGCCAUCUGGAGCAUUAUCUGGGGAGAAGGUGGACGCAGAUGUUGUCGCUGCAAGUGCUGUUCAACAAAUUGUUUAUCCAUCAUUGUCAGAGGAGCCCGAGAACAAAGCUCCAGGAACAUGCAGGGUGGGUGUCCGAUUUCCGGAUGGUUCUAGGAGCAAUCGAAGAUUUCUGAUGAGCGACUCUGUUAAGCAAUUAUGGUCUUUCUGCAGUUCAAAAGUGAAAGAAGCCGAGGAUGGGCGUCCAUUUCACUUGAAUCAGAUGAUACCAGGAGCAAAUCGUACAUUAGUGUAUAGCUCAGAUGCGAGCAUGGAAGAAGCUGGAGUCGCAAAUGCAAUGCUGUCAAUGGUUUGGGACUAGUUCUGAUAUAAUGCUUAGAAGAUUUGGGCAGCUGGAUUAUGUCCGCACAUGUUCCUCAAAUUUGACCACUGCAUAAGUUUGACAAAGCAAGGGUGCAGAACAGUGGUGAGCUGGAUAAGCACAUCUUCAAUGAUUCGGGGCUAUUUAUGACUACCAUCUCAACGUCUUCUUUCUCAACUUGGUUCUAGGUCUACAGAUGCACGUGUCAGUGGUUGAGAACAUUUGGUGAUUGUUAUAUUGUCCAUUUGUGAUCUCCUGGGAUCACUAUGCUACCUUUUGUAGCACAGGCAAGUAGUUUAGCACAUGUAAAGGAUUUUGUUUACCAAUAGCUAUCUCUUGUUGCAGCUACACAGAUUUUUCUUAUAUUGACAUUUUUACAAUACACAUGUGGUGAGUUCCUUUCAUGUGAUUUAAACGUUUGAGCCUUCAAUGAU